AUGGCUUCGUCGGUAACGGCAACUCAGCGGUUGCUCACCGUGGUAGCGGCUACGGUGAUUGCGCUCGCUAGCGGAACCAAUUACGUCUAUUCAGCAUGGGCACCCCAGUUUGCGGACCGUAUGAAUCUCUCUUCUACGGAAAGUAAUUUUAUCGGCACCGCAGGGAAUAUAGGAACGUAUGCGAGUGGUGUUCCGAUCGGUUUGCUUAUUGAUUCAAAAGGACCGCGGCCUGGUACUCUGAUUGGGACCGUGGCGCUAUUUCUUGGAUAUUUCCCCAUACAUCGAGCAUAUGCUUCCGGCCCUGGCUCGAUGAGCGUACCUGUCCUGUGUUUCUUCUCAUUCCUUACGGGGCUGGGAAGUUGCGCUGCCUUCUCAGCGUCCAUCAAAACUGCUGCAUCCAAUUAUCCCCAUCAUAGAGGCUCAGCGACCGCGUUUCCGCUCGCUGCAUUUGGGUUGAGUGCGUUCUUUUUCUCGACAAUCGCUACGUUUGCUUUUCAUGAUGAUACCUCAUUAUUCCUCCUCGCCCUCGCAGUCGGGACAUCCUCGUUGAUAUUUGUUUCGUCAUUUUUUGUGAAAUUGCUGCCACACCCAUCGCCAUCAUCAUACGCCACAAUCUCAGACCACGAGUCUGGAACCGUCUCCCAGUCCAGCGAGCUACAUAGGACUAGGUCGCAAGGCAGUAGCCACGGCUCCAUCGAAACCACGCACAAUUCCCCGAGCUCCCAGAAUGAUUUGGCAUCAUCUGCGCCGCAAGCUGGACCUGCCAUACCUAAUACCGACGCUGCUGAUGAGACGGCAUCGUUAAUUACUAGGUCAUCAGCCACCUCCGACGAUUCUUUCCAUGACGAAGAUGUGAAGUCUCGUGCGAACACGGAUUCCCUUCACGCAGACCUUCGUGGCUUUGCAAUGCUGCCAACCAUGGAAUUUUGGCAGCUGUUCAGCUUGCUUGGCUUGCUGACGGGGAUCGGUUUAAUGACGAUAAAUAAUGUUGGGAAUGAUGUCAAAGCUUUAUGGAAGUAUUACGACGGCGAUGUUAGUCCCGGAUUUCUUCAGAAGCAGCAGGCCAUACACGUUUCGACCCUAUCCGUGCUCAGCUUCGUUGGCCGUCUUAUCAGCGGAAUCGGCUCCGACUUUCUGGUGAAGAAGCUAAAGGUGUCUCGACAAUGGUGUGUUUUUGUGGCAUCUUUAUUCUUUACCGCGGGACAAUUCGCAGGCACCCAGAUUUCCAACCCCCACCAUCUUAUAAUCGUCUCCGGUUUGACCGGUUUCGCCUACGGCAUGCUAUUUGGCGUAUUCCCUUCCCUUGUUGCACACACGUUCGGGAUCGGUGGUAUAUCGCAGAAUUGGGGCAUCAUGACCCUCGCCGCUGUGGUUGGCGGGAACGCGUUUAAUCUCAUUUACGGAUCCGUAUAUGAUCGAAAUUCCGUGAUAUUGCCGGAUGUCGAAGGCGACUGCAGAGAAGGCCUUGCAUGUUAUCGGUCCGCGUAUUGGGUGACGUCGUACGCUGGGAUCGUAGGCGCUCUGAUUACUUUAUGGGGCAUCUGGCAUGAAAAGAGGGUUGUUGCGAGACUAACUGGAAAGAAAAGUAAUGUGCAUGACUAA